AUGACGUUUCCCAAUUGUCCCAAUUAUAUACCCGGUCAACAACGACGAGAACCUAAAUGUGCCAUUUCACUACCAGUAAUGCCAAAGAAACUAGUGCGAAAACAAUCAGUAGAUGAAAACUUGAUGGAAGAAAAGAUUGAUGGUAUGCAGAAAGAUUUACAUUUAAUGCUAGCAACGUUAUCAUCAUUACAUGAAGAAACAAAUAAAUUCGAGUCGAAACUUCCAACAACGGAAGAAUCGUUGGUAGCCGUUCGAGAGAGUCACAAACGAUUGAUUACGGACGUUAAUUAUCAAGGGAAUGAAGGUUUACUUAUGUUGGCCAACAGUAUGGCACCAUCAGACGUAGUUGAUCCGUUUGGAACAGAAGAAAUGCCAACAACUUAUCCAAUGUAUCAAGAAUUCAAUACAAUGAGUGAUGGAUUUUCCCCUAGUGACAUUAGUAGAUCUGAGUACAUGGAGACAGUAUCGUUUCAGACAAUGGUUCGUGCUGCAAAUGAAGUGGUAGAUGACCCAACUGUCCGUACUCGGUACGAACAUGCAGCUCAGAAAUUACAUGAAUGGGGAGAACGACGUACGAGACAACAAUCACAAUUCCAAACAAACUCUGCAGAUAUGGAAAGAGACGAGAGUUUACUACCUUCACUGUCAGUGUCUUUAGCUGAGAUCUCACCCUAUGCCAUGGAACUUGCAGCUCGCAAUAGUUUGCCCAAGAAACGAUCAAGCCUUUCAAAGUUGUCGAAGAAAUUAAUGCAUGACUGGUUUGAGCAUAAUUUACAUCAUCCCUAUCCAACUGAAGAGGAGAAGGAUUGGCUUGCGCAACAAGGUGGUAUCACACUGGAACAGGUGAACAAUUGGUUUAUCAACACUCGCGGUCGAAAGUGGAAACCUAUGCUCAAUCGACUCAUGGCUGAGAAACAGGCAGGAGAUUGCAAAUUAUACGACCAAAUGGUGGAGAAGAUAGAAGAGCCUUACCACAAAUGUUAG